AUGUCCACGGAGGUCCGGCUAUCGCCUGCUGAGCCUGGCGAAUUCACAAAGCGUGCAUUCUACAAUGGAAAGCUGGAUCUUACUCAAGCGGAGGCAUUGGGAGAGACUCUGGCAGCCGAGACCGAACAGCAACGACGUCUCGCCGUAAGUGGUGCAGACAGCGGUCUCGCGAAGAGAUAUGAGGAAUGGCGUACCAUGUUGCUUUACGCACGUGGCGAAUUGGAAGCCCUAAUCGAUUUCUCUGAAGACCAGCACUUCGAUGCGUCUCCGGCAGAGUUCAUGAGAUCCGUGACUUCUCAGAUACAGGCCUUGGCGAAACAGAUUGAUGUUCAUCUCCAGAAUGCAUCCAAGGGCGAAUUACUCCGGAAUGGCAUCACUAUAGCGCUCCUAGGUGCUCCAAAUACCGGCAAAAGUUCAUUGUUGAAUCGAAUUGUUGGCCGAGAAGCUGCCAUCGUCAGUGCCGAGGAAGGGACGACAAGAGAUAUUGUCGAUGUGGCCGUUGACAUUGGUGGAUGGCUCUGCCGUCUGGGUGACAUGGCCGGCCUGCGCGCAGUUGGCAUUUCGUCUCACCGUUGGAACGAGGUCGGGCUUGUCGAGCGAGAAGGCAUUCGUCGUGCUCGAGAGCGGGCCUUACAAUCCGAUGUCGUCGUGGUGCUACUCUCGGUUGAAGUCCAAGUGGACGGAACAGUCACUCUUCCCAUUAAUGUGGAAGUGGCCAACGCUGUUCAGGAAUGCCAUUCUGCAGACAAGACCAUUCUCGUUGCAAUUAAUAAGGCAGACAUUAUCGAGGAGCAAACAUCUCAUGGGCAGAUCUACCAAGCCAUCUGCGACAUUGUCAAGACUCAUCUUCCCUUGAUCCCUCCUGAACGAAUUUCGUUCAUUUCAUGCAAGGCCGCGAUGGAUCAAAAGCCGACAGUGUCAGACCCAGGUGGUGUCCAAGCGUUCCUCGCAAAGUUGACCAACGCAUUUGCGGACCUUACCACAGCCUCUAGUGGCGGAGCCAUUGGUUCUAUGACUCUAAUGGAAUCACAAGCCUACUGGACAGCUUCACUGUCUGUUACACAUCGUCAAAGCACCUAUUUAAGGCAAUGUCGACAACAUCUCGGUGAGUAUCUUGGUGAUGUUCUUCCGGGCGUUGAGACAGUUUUACACAUGCAGGGAUACCAUGUUGACAGACAUGAUGACCUGGUCCAUCCCAUGGGCAGUGCCUCGAAUGAUGAGUUUGACAUUGUUACGGCUGCCGAACACCUCCGAUUCGCUGCACAGUGUCUUGCCAAGAUUACAGGCAAAGGCGAGGGGGGUGACGUGGAAGAUGUGCUCGGAGUUGUUUUCGAAAAGUAA